AUGGCUUCAAACGACUCAGGCAAUAAAAAGACGGACUCCAAGGAGGCAAAAUCUUUGAGGCAGAUCAUUGACACCACUCCGUUCCACGUCCUCUUUGACGGGAGGAGCCCCGGCAGCAGGCAAAGCUACACGACCACGCUUGGAUACUACAUCUCUCUGACCAAAGAGAAUGCCGCGGCCAUGCGUGCUAGUGACGGCCAGGUUCCCGCCAUGGUCAAGAUCAGCUUCGUGUCCAAGCAUAGGCCCCCAGAGUCUGGCUCAGUCUUAGCGCCGCCCUCGCCGCCUAGUGCCGGCGGCGACGGCUCGGACGACACCACGGGUGGUGGUGCAUCCGGCGGGGACGGAACGGUGGCUGACGGUACCCGGCCCACUAUUCAGCACGUUGAUACGACGGGCAUGGUUGCCGCCGGCUCUGAGACUGUCUCGACCCACGUGGCAACCAUGACCGAGUCGCAGUGGCACAUCGUCAUGGUCACCAACUCGCUUCUGCAAGGCUUCCACAUCCUCGGGGCAACGGGCCUGCUGACGACGGCGCGGGAGGCUGCCUUCAAACUGAAGCGCUCGUAUCCGGACCCGUACGGGAAGCCUAUCGGGGGGAGCGAGGGUACCGCCGCCGACGGCAAGACGGAGCCGCCGCUGCUCUUCUGCAUCCCGCAGUUUCAGGUGACGGACGACUCGUCGGUCACCAUCAGCGAGAUCAAACGACAGACAUGUGCUGAUCAAGACACCCUCAGCCCGACCAGCUGGAUCGCGUCGGUUGGGUCCUUCUAUAACUGGCGAGUCAUGCGGCGCGACGGGCUGACCGACAUCCUGCGGCUGAUCAAGGACGUGACGGCGGUGGACUGGCCGGCCGUGUUUGACGGCAUCUUGAACCCCAAGGCCGAGAGUGGUAGCGGUGGCGGUUAUGCCGGAGGAGGCCAUCGGCAUGGACCAUAA